GCGGGCCGGCCGUGCGUGUGGCGCGCACAGAUCGACUCUCGCCCUCCGCGCCUGCCCGGCCUGCUCGUUUCGUGUCGCCGUCGCUAUGAACAGCUCUCUCCGGUCCCUUGGGCGCUUCGCCCAUGUCGCCCGCGUCGCGGCCGUCCGUCGGGCGUACAGCACGCCUGCCGGUACCACCGACAUCCGCGCCCAGCUCAUGGCCGGCAUCAAGACCGCAAUGAAGGCAAAGGACACUGCCGCGUCCACCGUGCUCCGUUCCGUCCAGGCAGAGGUGACCAAUGCAGAUAAGGCCGCAAACGAGAAAGUCGGAUCCUCCGCCAUCAUCUCCAUUCUGCGCAAGGCCAUUCAGCGACGGACCGACGCCGCCGCGCAGUACGAUGCCGCCGCACGCGCCGACCUCGCCGAGCAGGAACGCCGAGAGGCCGCCCUCCUCGCCGAGCUUGUCCCCCCACUCCUCCCUGAGUCCGCCAUCGACGAGAAGCUGCGCGAGGCCCUCGCCGCGCUCCCCGCCGACACCGACGCGCGCGCCAAGCAGGGCCUCCUCUUCAAGCAGUUCUACGCCAUCGUCGACAAGGCGCUCGUCGAUCCCGCUCUUGUGAAGCAGCGCGCGCAGGCCAUCCUCCGAGUCGUGUCGGCCUAACUUCCUCAGCUCGGCAUCUCUCGCGCGACUUAACUAAUACUACAACGCUAUGCCGCGCAGACUUCUACCGGAAUUCUGUUAGGCGUACCUACUAGCGGGUAGGUGCCUGCCGAGACACCUCCGUGGGUCGCCGCAGGGUAUAGGGGGGUUGCGGCAAAGUUUGUGGGCGCCCCGGGUGGAUACUCGCCGGGUUCUGAGGUUCUUAGGUUGGUCUUGGGCUGGCCUUUUUACGAAGUUACACACCCUUACACUCCUGGCCGUCGCCUAUCACUCUCCUUCUUCCAUGUGCUUUAGCAUACGACACCUAAUACAGAAGCGAUCCCUACUUAUGGUACACGA